AUGAAUUUAGGAAUGAGUAAAGAAAAUUAUUUGAAUGAUGAUAAAAGCUAAAAUAAAAUAAUCUUGAGAAAAUAAUAAAGUUAGAUAAAAAAAUGGCAAUUUCGAUAUUAAUAUAAAUAUCCUAAGUAUUUUAAAUUUCAAUAGAAAUAUAGCAAAAACUGAAAAUUAGAAUCUCUUAGGAUAUAUUCAUAAAUUAAUAGUUCAUAUUAAAAUGAAUAUAUUUUGUGUUAUUUUUGGAGACCCAUAAAUUAAGAAUAUUUUUUAAAAAAUUGAAGUAGAGAGGCUUAAUUAUCUUAAAGCUAAGAAUUAGGAUAAUUUGGAAAUUGAUUUGUAUAAAGCAUGCCAAUUACAAAUUUUAUUAAACAAGAUCAGUCCUAAAUAAGUAAUAUUGAAAAUCAGAAAAUGUGACUUUUAAGAGAAUAUAAAGAAACAUAUUAGAUUAAGUGGACUCAUUCAUAAAGUUAAAGAUUUUAAAAGAUCUAAUAUAGAUAAAAUAUAAUAUAUGAAAUAGAAAGCCAUGAUGAAAUUUAAAUAAAAAAAUAUUAGGUGUAAAUUUAUUAAUAAAAGUUCGUUAACAUAAGAAAAUGCAAGAUUAGAUAAGUUGAAUGAAUAAGAAUUAAAAACAGAAUGUGAAAAUAAAAUAUUUGAAUUGCUUUAAGAAAAUUCUGUUGAAUUAUAGCAAAAAAUACGUAAAAUUAAAAGAUUUAUUAAAAUUGGAUUAAAAGAUAAUCUGAAUAACUAUUAAAUGUAUUUGGAACAUAAGUUCAUAUUUACAAAUAGGCUAGAAAUAGUAAUGGAUUACACAAAAAUCAAAAAUAAAUAACAAUGA